AUGGCCAUAGUUCUUUUGUACCCUGUAGCAAUAUUUUUAAGCUUCCUUUUUCUUUACCAUUGGAGAUGGAACAAAACCUCAUUCAUCACAAAUUGGCCAAUCGUCGGAAUGCUCCCGGGCUUUCUUCUCAAUGCAUCGCAUGUGCAUGAGUACCUAACUUCCCUUCUCAAAUUUUAUGGGGGCACUUUCGAGUUUCAGGGUGGUUGGUUAACUGGCAUUAAACUUUUGAUCACUAGUGAUCACAUGAACAUCCACCACAUUUGUAGCACAAAUUUUCCAAACUACGGAAAGGGGAGGAAAUUUCGAGAGAUUUUUGAUGUUCUGGGAGAUGGGAUUUUUAGUUCUGAUCAUGACUCGUGGAAAUAUCAAAGGAAGCUACUUCAGACAUUGUUAAAGGACAACAAGUUCAAGUUGUUCUUUGAGGAAGUUGUCAAGGGAAAGGUUGAAAAGGGCCUUAUUCCAGUUCUUGAUCACAUCUCAAGUUUGGGAAUUGAGGUUGAUUUACAAGACGUUUUUCAACGAUUCACCUUUGAUAGUGUUUGCUUAAUGGUUUUAGGUCAUGAUCCAAAUUGCCUCUCCAUUGAAUUACCUAAAGUUGCACAUUCAAAUGCGUUUGAUGAAGUGGAGGAAAGUCUGUUAUAUCGACACCUUGUGCCAGAAAGAUGGUGGAAGUUACAAAGAAGGCUGCAGAUUGGAUCAGAGAAGAAGCUAUUACAUGCAUGGAAAGUUUUUGAUGAAUUUGUAUAUGAAUGCAUCUCAACCAAGCGAGAAGAACAGAACCUCGUGAAGAAGGAGGAAUUAAAAUUCAACUUGUUUACAGCUAUAGUUAUGGAUGAACAAGAAGGAGAAAUGAGUAGUAAUAUUACCCAAUCCAACAAGUUUCUAAGGGACACUACGACAAAUCUCUUGGCCGCAGGGAGAGAUACCAUAAGUUCUGGACUAACUUGGUUUUUUUGGCUUGUUGCAACACACCCAUCAGUUGAAGCUAAAAUUCUAGAAGAGAUCAAAAAGCAUCUGGUGGACAAUGACAAAUGGAGGGUUUCAAACAUAGAUGAGCUAAGUAAGCUAGUUUAUCUACAUGGAGCAAUAUGUGAGACCUUGCGGCUUUUCCCACCCGUACCUUUUGAACACAAAAGUUCAGCUAAAUCUGAUAUUCUUCCUAGCGGCCACUAUAUCAAACCAAAAACGAGAAUUAUAUACUCUUUAUACUCAAUGGGAAGGAUGGAAAGCAUAUGGGGCACAGAUUGCUUAGAGUUCAAGCCAGAGAGAUGGAUUUCUGAGCAUGGAGGAAUAGUGCAUGUACCAUCUUUCAAAUUCAUAGCAUUUAAUGCUGGUGCAAGGACUUGUUUAGGUAAGGAUAUAACCUUUGUUCAAAUGAAAAUAAUUGCAAGUGCCAUCCUUUGGAAUUAUCGUGUUCAUGUGGUAGAGGGCCAUCCUGUUUCACCUAGUAUCUCCGUUAUACUUCACAUGAAACAUGGUUUGAAGGUGAGGAUCAGUAAAAGAUUUUUCUGA